CCAUGGUUCCCUGCCGUGGUUCCCUGCCGUGGUUCCCUGCCAUGGUUCCCUGCAUUGGUUCCCUGCCGUGGUUCCCUGCCAUGGUUCCCUGCCGUGGUUCCCUGCAUUGGUUCCCUGCCAUGGUUCCCUGCAUUGGUUCCCUGCAUUGGUUCCCUGCCAUGGUUCCCUGCAUUGGUUCCCUGCCGUGGUUCCCUGCCGUGGUUCCCUGCCGUGGUUCCCUGCCAUGGUUCCCUGCAUUGGUUCCCUGCCAUGGUUCCUUGGAUUGGUUCCCUGCCGUGGUUCCCAGGCCGGCUCGCGGUGCCAGGCCCGAGCAGGUCGGACAGGCUCGGGGCAGACGGAAGGGAGCGGCCGCCCGCGGCUCAGGAAUGCGCAGCCCUUAUCUCUGGCUCCCCUGCAAUCCUGGGGAGGGAAGGACUCUCCGGAGUUUGCCUUUCUCUCGCUCUUACUCACCCUCUGCCCUGGGUGGAGCUCGAUCCUGCAGGCUCGGAGGUGCCCGUGAAUCAGGCUGCAGGCACGUCCAGGGCGGCAGAGCCGGGCGGCAGCGCGACCCGCCACCUGCACGGCGCACCUGGGAGUUCUCAGAUUUGUGCGCCUGCUUUUGAAGGUACCAGCAGCACCCGAAGGACUCGAGGAGCUGAAUGCAGAGCCCUAGCAGGCGGGCACAGGAUGGCAGGCUCAGCAGACGGCAGCUGCUCGGCACGCAGGGUCUGAUGGUGCAUCCUCGGCGCCGCCUUCCAAGGAGCUGCCUGCAAGUGGACGCAGCACCUCCCUCCCCACUUCUCACCCCGUGAGCCCAGCAGGGUGACGGUGCAGAUUUUCCAGCCCGGUCACUCGGCUGCAGGACCGGAGUUUGCCGUGAUCCAGUUCAGGUUUUGCUGCAGCCCUCUGGCUCCGUUUUCACAGCUCUCCCUCCCCUCAUGGCUCGCCGAUCUCAAAGCUCCUCGCAGGGGGACAACCCUCUUGACCCCAACUACCUUCCCCCCCACUACAAGGAGUAUUACCGCCUGGCUCUGGACAUACUCACCGAAGAGGGCAAAGAGAGUUACGAACGCUUUCUGGCAGAGGAGGCAGCCCCUGAUUUCCUUUGCAACUCGGAGGUGGAUCACAUCCUGCAGAACCUUCAGAAACCCCAGUAUGCCAACCAGGAGGGCAGCACCGACACGGCGGGGGACAACGACGUGGACGGAUCCUCCGGGACCUACUGGCCCAUGAACUCAGACCUCGCCGUUCCGGAGCUGGACCUGGGCUGGCCCAUGGUCUUUGGGUUCAGGGGAACAGAAGUAACGACCCUGGUGCAGCCGCCGCCCCCCGACAACCCCAGCAUCAAGGAAGAGGCUCGCAGAAUGAUUCGAGCUGCCCAGCAGGUGGUAGCCAUCGUCAUGGACAUCUUCACUGAUGUGGAUCUGCUGUUUGAGGUGCUGGAUGCUGCUGCUCGCAGAGUCCCUGUGUACAUCCUGCUCGAUGAAAUGAACUCCCAGCUUUUCCUCGAUACAGCUGCUAAAUGCAGAGUCAAUCUGAACUACGUGGAGUUCCUACGGGUGAGGACGGUUUCUGGCCCAACCUACUACUGCCGCACGGGGAUGUCUUUCAAAGGACACGUGAAAGAGAAAUUCCUCCUGGUCGACUGCAUGGUGGUGCUGAGUGGCAACUACAGUUUCAUGUGGUCUUUUGAGAAGAUUCACAGGAGCAUCGCACACAUCUUCCAGGGCGAGCUGGUGGCCAGCUUCGAUGAAGAAUUCCGAAUUUUGUUUGCGCAGUCAGAACCUCUCGUUCCUCCAGCCAACGUUUUGGCAAAGGCAGAGAACCCGUUUGCCAUGGCUCCCUUUGGCAAUAACAUGCCAUUCUUUCCUAAAAAAGCACCCCUCAUGUUCCAGAGGGACGACAACCUUUUUCCCUCCUUUAUGGACAGAGUUGAUCCAGACAGGUACUUCCUGUCCAACUUCCGGCGCGACGAUUUGUUACGCCACACCGUGGAGGGGUCAGCCAUGCGGAUGUACAAAAAGGUGGAGAUGGAGAACGCUCAGAUGGACCCCGUCAGGGGUUUUCUCCGUUCCAAGCAGCUGGAGUUGGAUGCUUUUAAGAGACACAGUUUUGCAGAAGGAACGUUUGAAAAUUUUGCUUCUUCUAAGCAGUAUGCCAGGCAGAUGUUCAUGAACAAUAUGGACGAAUUUAAAAUCCAGGCUAGCCAUUUCCAGAAGGAUCAGUUCUACCAGUACCAGUUUGAACACCCCCACCUUUCCGGCAGACCCCAGGGAUUCUUUGACAGAAUACGAGGUGGCAGGCCGGGAUUCAAUGAGUUGGAAGAGGGAGGACCUCUUCCCUACGGAGAGGGACCCAGAUACCCCGAACUCGAAUCCGGCUUCCCACAGGAGGGUUUCCCCUUAAGGCUGGAUUACGUGCCUUCAAAUUCUUCCAGGGAAGUGAGGCACGGCUCUGAUCAGCUGAACCCUGCAGGCAAUGGCCCAAUGGGAAUGAUGCUCAGACGGCAGAAUAUAGGACAGAAGUUUAUUUGCCAGACUUCUCCUACGCAGAAGCAAAGCCUGGAACAGCGCCUGUUCUUACAAGACAAAGAUGAGGACCAAGAUCAGGACAAGAACACUCAGGAAAAUAGAACAGGUUUACGCAACUGGAGGAUUUCUUCAUACCUCAGUGCAUACCAGUCAGAACCAGAAGAAGGUCUCCCAAUGCCCAUGGAAUCGGAAGCAUACAACGAUGUUCUCGGGGAUCCCCUCGCAAAGCACCCCACUGACCUCAUCCCAGCAUUCAAAUCCCCUUUGUCUUUUAACAGCAAGUCACUGGCGGUUGAAAAUGCCAAGGAAUUUGCAGAUCCUGAAAGAGGAGGUGAAGAUUCACCUAUGAUGAAACAAGACGCCUUCAGGUCCAGAAUAAAUCCCUUGAUCCAGAGGAGCUCAAGACUCAGGUCCUCUCUGAUUUUCAACGCUGCCAAGUUAGAUCAGCCUAACACAACAAUAGAGAAGGUUCAGAUGAUCCAUAAGGAACAAGUGUCCAAUGAACUGACAAAGGACAACGAAACUAUAAAGACAGCCACCUCGUCCAAAGUGGCAGAGCUUUUGGAGAAAUACAAAGCUGUGGGCAAAGACGCCGAGCGAGCUACCGUCACUCACACCAAAGCUGUUUCUAGUUUUCUCCAGGAGGAAUCACAGAACGCGGAGAAGAAAUGCACCAAAUCCCUGCAGUAUAAGAUUCUGGAGAGCAGAGUACUGGAGUCCAAGGACUCCUGCAGUACUUACAAGAUGCACGGAGAGACUGACAGGGCGUUUGGAAUGGCUUCGUCGACCCCGCAGCUCAUCGAUGCUUUGAGUAAAGAUCCCUUAGCACAUCUGGGCGCUAAAGUGGACAAAUUAUCGUCCCGGUUUUACCCGAUAGAGAGUAAACCUGCUCUUCCAGAAAAGGAAAGUCUUAUAUUUGUAGGAGAUACUCAGAAAUUGGCUCUUCCAGAAAAGAAGGAAAGAGUGACGUUCAAGGAAGACGCUGAAAAAUUGGUCAGUGCGGAACUGAAGAAACCACAGGUGAGGACGGGCACCACAUCAGUCAUCGAAAACCUGUCUAAAGGCCCGGGAUCUGACAGCUCCCUCAAUAAAUCAGAGGAAGAGUGUUCCAAACAGGAACAAAAUACAAUGGAAUUUUUAAGAAAAGGAUCCCUACGGUUGAAGCAGUUUCUGAACCCAAAAGGUGAAAAGAAACUGGAGGAGGAACCCAAUUCUGAGGUUGGAAAAUCUGACAAACAGCCCAUGGGUCUCAAAAGAUCUUCCAUAGGCGACUGUCAGGAAAUGCUGGUGGAGGAAGAAAAAAACCAUAAAUUUGCAACGCCGCUUCCUCCCAAAAGCAGCCAAGCGACACAGGGCAGAUUUCCUUCAUCCACAGCCAACAUUCUGUACAGCAGCAAUCUCCGCGAUGACACCAAGGUGAUUUUGGAGCAAAUCUCUGCUAACAGCCAGAAGAACAGAGCCGAACUGGCCAAGCAGCUGCCAUCCACCAGCAAUCCCGAUCUUUCUAAGUCAACUAUGAGCUUGGAAAGGAAAAGCGAGAAGGAGAAAAGCUGCAACAUCCACAGGUCAGAGAGCUUCGGGAGCCAGAAACGAAACCUUCAGCGGCAGCCGUCGGAGGACAGAGACACCCUGCUGAAAAAAAUGGAGAACAUGAGGAAGGAAAAGAGGGUGUACAGCAGGUUUGAGGUCUUCUGCAAAAAGGAUGAGCAUAUGGGUCAGAGCGAGGAGGAGUACGACACAGACGCCAAAGACAAGAAGAUGGGAAAAUUCAUGCCCAAAAUCCUGGGGACCUUCAAGACCAAAAAAUGAUCGUAGGAACGCUAUUUAGUUCCGUCACUGACUGUCAAAGCCGAUGGGGAAGAAACGCGUUUAUGGUGGCUGUGAAGCUCUUUGAGGUUGGCGAGUGGGAUGUGUUCAGCAUUGCUCCUUUGGCACAGAUUGCCCCGUAGGGUCGUGUGGUAACAGGAAACCUUAUUACAGUAUAUUUAAAAUAAAAUUAUUCAAUUGCCAAGAUGCUUAAAAUAGCGAUGUCUCUUUAUCUGACGGUCAGGGAGUCCUCCCAGCAGUCAGGAAAAACAAUUCCGCUUUCAGUAAGGAAAGAAACAGAAAAAAAAUAUAAAAUCAAUGGUUGAAUUCAGUCAAUGUCAGCAAAGCACUUACGUUGUUUCUCAGUGCAGAUUUGGUUACUUUGCAUGAAUGGCCGAGCUGAUACGGAGCUCCCUUUUUGAAGAAUGACAGGAGAAAAAUGUACACGAGUCACUUUUGUUCCCCUAGGUGUGACUGUGGUCUGGUCUGGCAGAAAAUGCCCAGUUUUCCUACUUACUGCUUUAUCAGCCUGCUGGUUAACUAUUACUAUUGGUUUGUUUUCUUGUGUGUAAUGGAAGCACUGCAUUGGAGACUGAGCCGAGAACAGCAGCUGGAAGGCCAUAAAAGAAGAAAGUGACGAUUAAUUGAUGGAGAAAGAGAUGAUUUCAGAACCAUCGUCACGCUUUUCAGCUGAGUGAGAAUUUAAGCCUUUAUAGUUAAGUAGUGAUUUAUGUAACCCCGAUCCAUUAGUGGAGAAUCCCUCUGAAAUUCCACAAAGUCCAUUAAAAGAAGGGGGAGGGCUGCUAGCAUCUUUGGUUCGAGAUCAGAAGCGCUUUACUCACAGCUUCCUUGCAGGGCUUUGGUAUCAAGCUUGGGCACGCAGUGUUGAACACCGCCCGGAUCAAUCAGUAAUUAAUUACAGGUGCAGAACCAGUCAGGUUUGUGCUGAUUGCUGUGUUGCAGAGCCGUGACAGACAGAAGAUGCAGAGGCCAAGAAGCAGUCAGACACAGGCUUGAGUUUCCCUUUCCCUCAGCUUGGGCUGCUUCCACGAGCAUCCCUAGGAUUGCCAAACUGGGAUCUGACUUCAUUUUCCUUUAUUUUUCCUGGCUAAGGAGGUGGGAGAGAGGAAUGAUCACGCACGGAAAUAGGCUUCUGCAUUUCUUGUUUCCAUCGGCCGGAGUUACAGGUUUGGCUCCUGAGCUGCAAGCUCAGCAAACCUGUUGAGGCUCACGGCUGAUGGACGGAGGCUGCUUCGGAUCCUGAAGGUAACUGUGAGCCUGCAGCUGCUCUCGUUAGGAUACUGCCUCCCACGGCAGCAGGUUUACCUGGUUUGCGUAGCUGUAAUGAUGGCUGUUUUUCUGCUCAUUGGAAAACUUAGGAAAUGAAGAUAUGAAAGAAAAUUACCCAAUCUCCAAAUUACUGCUGAUGGU